CUUGACGUUAACAAGGAAAUCUCUUCUCUUGAGCUGUGUCUUGGGCAGCACAAAUCUGAACUCAGAAAUAAUAUUAUUUGCUUUUUAGUUACUUUGCAACUGCAUCUUAGAGUUUCCGAGGAUGGGAUCUAAAGAUCUGAAACUCCUAGAUGUUUUUUCAUACGAGAGUCUGGUGCACGCAGUCGCCGGUGCUAUGGGCAGUGUUACAGCAAUGACUGUUUUCUUUCCUCUUGACACAGCCCGGCUCAGGCUGCAAGUUGAUGACAAGCGGAAAACUAAAUCUUCUCCAGCCAUUCUGUCAGAGAUCAUCAAGGAGGAGGGUCUGUUAGCUCCAUAUAGAGGCUGGUUUCCAGUGAUCUGCAGCCUCUGUUGCUCAAACUUUGUCUACUUCUAUUGUUUCCAUAGUCUGAAGGCCACCUGGCUGCAAGGUCAGAGGUCAACACCAGGGCGAGACCUAAUAAUUGGCAUUGCUGCAGGUGUAGUGAAUGUUCUUGUGACCACUCCACUCUGGGUAGUCAAUACCAGACUGAAACUGCAAGGGGCGAAAUUCAGAAAUGAAGACAUACAGCCCACACACUACAAAGGAAUUACUGAUGCGUUUGUACAGAUCAUGCAGCAGGAAGGAGUGGGUGCGUUAUGGAACGGGACGUUUCCCUCCCUGCUGCUGGUGCUCAAUCCAGCUGUGCAGUUCAUGAUCUAUGAGGGUCUGAAGAGGCAGCUCAUGAGGGGCGUCCACAGAGAGCUAUCCUCAGUGGAGGUGUUUCUUAUUGGAGCCAUUGCCAAGGCCAUUGCAACCACCAUAACCUACCCACUACAGACAGUUCAGUCUGUUCUACGGUUUGGACAGCAUGGGCAGCCUGCAGAUCAGUCCAGACUCCGGAACAGCCUGAGAUCUGUCAUGUACCUGCUGACCAAUAGAGUCAGGAAGUGGGGCGUGCUGGGAUUGUUUAAAGGCCUGGAGGCGAAGCUGCUUCAGACGGUCCUCACUGCUGCGCUCAUGUUCUUACUGUACGAGAAGAUCGCCAACACCACCUUCAGGGUCAUGGGGGUCAAACGCACAAUGGCGUCCCACUGACCUCACAGGAUGUUUAUUAGCUCGCUGAUGUCAUAGGAACUGAGUAUACCUGUUAGUUGAUAUGUGUUUUGUUUUUUGUUUUUUUUUAGAAAUGGACAAAAUAGACAGACACACUUGACUCAGUUUGUGUUCCUCAUGAUCUUUAAAACAUUUUGAUCUAUAGGCUUCUGCUUAAAAAUUAUUUUCGGUAAUUGAAAUAAAUAAAUAUACUGUUUGCUUCUAAAAUAAAAUAUAAAUAU